UGUCACCUUUAUAUUCAAAAUAUCCCUGCAGCUGUAUUCAAACCAAGAUCGCCUGUCAAGGCCAUUUUAAACACAUAAACACGUUCUUGUGCACCAUUUAAGAAUCAAACGAAUCACUUGUGGAGAAAUUCGCGAAAGGCGCCCACAAAAUUAAUAUUGUCGUGAUCGUUUCGGAGACAAACGAAAUUCUGCAUAUAUCACAGAGACUUCAGAUGCAUCCCUAAAUUGCAGUUAAGUUUGGAUCUUGCCUUGUGGGUCUUGAAAUUCCUUCAUCGAGACAAAGAAAGGAUGUUUUUGUAAAAUGGACGACCGUGUUGUUAUCAACGUCAGCGGAAUGACAUUUGAAACGAAAGAGGGGACAUUGAGCCGUUUUCCCGACACGCUUCUUGGAAGUCCAUCCAGACGACAGCAAUACUAUAAUCCUGUAGUACAGGAAUAUUUCUUUAAUCGCCACCGAGUGGCAUUUGAAUCAAUUUUAUUUUAUUACCAGUCAGGAGGAAGGCUUAUUUGGCCUGACGAUAUUCCUGCAAGCGUUUUUACGGAAGAGGUAGAGUUUUUUCAACUUGGGGAACAAGCUUUAAAGAGUGUUGCAAAGUGUUUGUAUCAAAACCGUCGUGUGCAACGCGCCGAGCCACCGCAAUGGACAUUUCAACGCCAAGUUUGGAAUUUAUUCGAACACCCCGACACUUCGAAUUUUGCCAGAGCUAUCGCAUUAUUCUCAGUUCUCAUGAUUGCUACCUCCGUGCUUAUCUCCUGCCUUGAGACCUUGUGCCAAUUUAGAGGAUGUUGCACCGAACUGAUGGACAAUAGCACUAACGUAACAUCAAGCAGCGAAAAAACUGAUCUGCCAGGCAAAGAACAGAAAAAUUGUACCCACGAAACUCCGGAAGUGUUCAUAGCCCUCGAAACGACUUGCUAUUCGUGGUUUUUACUGGAAUAUAUUGUGCGCUUUGCGGCGGCUCCAAACCGAUUGGAAUUUCUACUAUCGCCUUUGAACUUUGUGGAUUUGAUAGCCAUUAUACCUUUUUUUGCUAUUAUGAUCGGUGGAAAUCGCCGACUUGUGUCCUUAGCGGUUCCGCGAAUCGCCCGACUUCUUAGAAUAUUCCGUAUUUUAAAACUGACUCGAUAUUCGAACGGACUGAAAAUUAUGAUGUACACUCUCCGCGCAAGCCUUAACGAGCUAGAAAUGAUGAUAUUGUUCAUGUUUAUGAUAGUGAUUCUUUCCUCGAGUGCUGUUUUUUACACUGAUCUCGAAAUAGAUGGAAGUCAUUUUUCCAGCAUUCCUGAAGCAUUCUGGUGGAGUGUUACGACAGUGAGUACCGUUGGAUACGGGGAUUUUUAUCCCAAGUCAAGUCUUGGAAAAGUUGUUGGUGGCGUUUGUGCCGUGUUUGGCGUUUUAGCGUUUUCUUUACCAGUCAUAGCUUUUGCAAAAAAUUUCAACGCUUAUCUGAAAGGCGAGCCGAUUCGUAGACACAUCGAAAGUAAAACGAGACACAUUCGAGGGAAGCGCAAAACAAAUGAUUUAUCUUCCUAACUGUGGAAAACACUUCCGUGUACGUACUUUUUAAAAAUCCUUUUCCAGCGUUAAGUGUGAGGAUGCAACGCCAUGUAAAUGGUUUGGAAUAUCACCCGGCUAUCGCCAAAUUUUAGCAAUCGUAAAGUCGAUUGAUUUAACAUGAAAUAAAUCAAGGUGAGAAGUCGGUUUUAAACCGUUGUAUUUCAAAUCCGGCCGUCUAUGCGUUGAAAGAAAACAAUGGAAGUAAGAGUAAUUUCAUCCACGCUACUAGUUCAUCUUAGUAUAUAACAGCACAGACAUGUUUUAUGAAUAUUUUAUCUUCCUACGAGAUA